AUGGAGCCGAGCGGCGAAGAGCCCCCGCGCGCCCCGUCGGAGCUGAAGCCCCUCUCGCCUCUCCUCCGCGAACUGGGCUCCUACGCGGCCCGGGCGCUGCUGUGCCUGGCGCCGGUCUACCUGGCCGGCUACGUGGGGCUCAGUACGAGCUGGGUACUGAUCGGCUUGCUCGUCUGGAUGUGGUGGAGGAGGAACCGGCGGGAGAAACGCUCCCGGCUGCUGGCAGCCUUCGGGCUCGUCGAGGACGAGCAGCAAGCCAUCAGCCAGGGCAUCGCCUUGCAGCAGCUGCCUGCCUGGGUUCACUUCCCUGAUGUGGAACGGGUGGAAUGGCUGAACAAGGUCCUUGAACAGGCCUGGCCGUACUUCGGGACAAUUAUGGAAAAAACAUUUAAGGAAGUCGUUGAACCAAAAAUCAGAGCCAAGAAUGUGCAUCUGAAAACAUGUACAUUCACCAAAAUCCACUUUGGAGACAAGUGCCCUAAAAUCAAAGGAGUGAAGGCCUAUACCAAAGAAGUUGAUAGAAGACAAGUGAUCCUGGACUUGCAAAUAUGCUAUAUAGGGGACUGUGAAAUUCAGAUGGAAUUGUCCAGGUUUAAAGUAGGAGUGAAAGGAAUACAGUUGUAUGGAACAUUACGAGUGAUACUAGAACCCCUACUGACAGAAGUACCUUUCUUUGGAGCUGUAACCAUGUUUUUCAUCCAGAAACCUCACUUGGAAAUCAGUUGGGCAGGACUGACCAACCUGCUAGAUGCUCCAGGCAUUAGCGUAUUGUCAGACUCCUUAAUCCAAGAUCUCAUAGCUGCCCGGUUGGUGCUGCCAAACAGACUCACUGUUCCACUGAAAAAGAACAUUAACAUUUCUCACUUGCGGUUUCCUAUUCCAUACGGAGUAGUAAGAGUGUACCUCCAAGAGGCUGAAAAUCUUGUCCAAAAAGACAACUUCCUUGGGGCAAUUAGGGGGAAGUCGGACCCUUACGCUCUUGUUCGAGUUGGCCUGGUGCAGUUCCGAAGCAAGACAAUACAAAGAAACCUGAAUCCCAUCUGGAAUGAAAUGUUUGAGUUCGUUGUUCAUGAAAUCCCUGGUCAGGAUCUAGAGGUAGACCUGUAUGAUGAAGAUCCAGAUAAAGAUGACUUUCUGGGCAGCUUGCUUAUAAACCUUGCAGAUGUGAUGAAAGACAGAGUUGUUGAUGAGUGGUUCCCCUUAAGCAAGAUAGAAAGUGGACAUCUGCAUUUAAAGCUUGAGUGGUUUUCUUUGGUUACCAAUCAAGAGAAACUUUGUGAGGACAAGAAUGGUCUUGCCACAGCAAUUCUCAUAGUGUAUUUGGACAGUGCUUUCAAUCUUCCCAAAAACCAGUUUGAAUAUUUCAAUGGUGAAUAUGGAGCAAAGAAGUAUAAAAAAGACAGGUACCUCAAGAAGAUGGAUCAAGAGCCUUCCUCCUUUGUCCUGCUCACAGUGGGUAGCAAAACUCAUAGAAGCAAGACUCGUAAUUUCACUAAGGAUCCUGUGUGGGGCCAGGCGUUCACAUUCUUUGUCCACAGCGCGCCGUCACAAUCUCUUCACCUGGAGAUCAAAGAUAAGGAUCGGGAGAAUGCCCUGGGGACCUUGGUGUUGUCACUUACUCACUUACUAAAAAAUCCUGAUAUGACACUUGAACAAAACUUUCCACUGGAUCAUUCUGGCGUGGACAGCUCUAUUAAGCUGAAAGUUGUGUUGAGAGCUUUGGACAUAGAGGAACCUGAUCCAGAAAGCACCUAUACUGGGGUGAAUGCCUUAAAGCAAGUUCCUAUCCCUGCCACGGAGCAGGGUGGAAACCAAGGCAAGACACAGCCGCCUCCGCCGCCUCAACCGCCUCCACCACCACCACCACCACCCUGUCUCCAAUCACUUCCAUUAAAAGUAGAAGCGCCCAGAGCAUCCCAAAUGAGCACAGACUCGGGGGUGUCUGAAUCCACAAGUGACAGGCAGGAGAACAGUGCUAACUCUAAUGUAAAUGAGAAAUGGACAGAGCCAGUUGUGAUAGAGGCAGUGGCUGGAGUUAAGGAGAAAGCAGGUCCUGCUGUCAUGGGCCCCAAGUUCUUGACCCCUCCACAGACCAUUCCAGCAGCCCGUACAUUGCCAACCCUGGAGAGACUCCAGCUUGCCCCCAGCAUGGCGUCUCUGGGCACCCUAGCCUCUUCAAACUUUGAUGUAACUUGCAGCAAUCUGGACCUCACUAAUGGAACACUUCCUGCUGGAACACCCGUGGGAGAGAUUCACCUCUCAGUGCGCUAUGCUUCCUUAAGGCAGUCCCUCAUUGUGCUGGUCAGUGCAUGCAGAAAUUUAAUGCCAUGCUCACAGCAAGGGGCACAUCCAUAUGUCCGCAUCUACUUGCUCCCAGACAAAAGAUGGGUAACCCGAAGAAGAACGACAGUGAAGAAAAGAACUGUUAAUCCUCACUAUGAUGAAAAAUUUGAAUUUUAUGACACUUUAGAAGACGUUAAGAAACGAGCCUUAGAUGUUGCAGUGAAAAAUAAAAGGUCGUUUAUUUCGCAUGAAAGGAAGGAGCUUGGAAAGGUGCUGAUUGACUUAUCGAAGGAAGACUUGGUCAAAGGCUUCUCCCAAUGGUAUCAACUGUCAAUAAGUGGACAAACCCAGAGCUGAUAUUGGUGCCUGAACAGCUGAAUCAGUGUACAUAUGAACUCUAUAUAUUUAACUUUUCAAGACUGCUACAGAAUAACUGUAGAUUUUUAUAUUUCAGUCACACUGUUAACUUAUUUAAUAUACUGGUAUAGAAUAUUUCUUUACUAUAUUUUUCCAUAGGACCUGUUUUGGCACUAAUCCUAAUUGGUACACUCAAAACCAAGUUGUCAUAUUAAUAUUUGUAUACUUGUGGCAUGAAUAUAGGCCUACAAUGUAGGAAUUACCUCCAGGUUCUGGUUUUAACACAAUUCCAGCACACUUGUUCUGUACACAAAAGAAGCUACUCCAAGACCAUCUCUGCCUUACAGCUGCUAUGCCUACAGAACUCAGGAACUUUCUAUCUCUACUAUUUGGUAUAUAAACCAAUUGCACUUAAGUUGUGGACCAUCUGACCAGGAUCCAAUCCCCUCUUUCUGGGAUGUGAAUAAGGAGUUCGUAUGUGCUUGCACAGGAGGGUUGAUAAUUGUCACUUCUACCAGCAUUGAGUCCUGCUGCUUGUGGGUCCCUAACCUUCACAGGCAGUGCAGUGGGGGGGCAGGUACAGUGGGGAAGG